GUUUAUUCGCUCCAUGCUCCAUGUUCGCUCGCUCUGCUCGCUUAUAUCUCAUAACCACAUAUAACCUCAAAUUCAAACACGGGAGCACGGAGUAAGUUAUGCUGUCAAACUGAAUCAAAGGGCAUAGGAACGAAUACGAGUCCCAUGCAAGCGAGAGGCACCGCCAGCAGAUUUGUCUGCACUGCUGAUUCAAUUGGUACUAAGAACAUUAUGGAUAGUCAAGAAGGUGAAGCAGCAGCACAACAGGCACAACUCUCAGCACCAAGUCCGGCUCAAUCUCAAUUGAGUACGCCGACCGGAGGACAGCCAGGUCCGCAGCAAGCUACGCAAGGACAAAUGGCUAAUACUGGUACUUCAACAGGCGCGAAAUCGACAAUUGAUCCAGAGGAAUGUAGAUUCGUCCAGCAAUUGUUGAUGCUGCUUUUGCAUGCAGAUAAAUGUCAACGACGCGAAAGCCAAGCAAACGUCGAGAUGAGACAAUGUACCUUGCCGGACUGCAAAACUAUGAAAAAUAUUCUAAAUCACAUGACGAAUUGUCAAGCCGGAAAGAAUUGCACCGUGCCUCAAUGUAGAAUAUAUAGGCGGAUCAUCAGUCAUUGGAAGCAUUGUAAACGAAGUGAUUGUCCGAUUUGCUUGCCGAUAAAACAAGCACAGAACGGGACAAUUUCUGCGCAAGAACCCGCAAUUCAACCAAAUAAUCAGCCAAAUCCAAGCUCAUCCAAAAUGAGAUGGGCUUAUGAUGCUUUAGGAAUUCAGUGUCCGACAACAACACCGGGGCUUUUACCCGGUCAAGACAUUGGUAGGGGCGUUAGAAUGCCAGCUCCCGGCAUGAUGGGCGGUCCUCCAGGGGCAUUGGGCAACGUUGGAUUAGCGCAAUCUCAGACACAGACGUCAUGUGUUUUAGUUGCACCAGGACAAUCCGUAGCCUUUGCCGGACAACAAGUAGUCACGCCGAACGUAUCUUUUCCUUUGAAUUCCGAUCCUAGUAUAGUAGGGGUAGCUGGCAAUCAGACGGUAUCAACGACCGGACCUACAGCCACUGACGCAGCGGCCGCUGUCGGUAUACAGGUUAUUCCAAAUGGAUUACAGGAUCUACAGUUUCCAGGCGGUCUUCAAUCCAGUCAAGUCACAGCGAUACCGGUGCAAGGAACAAAGGAGUGGCAUCUGUCCGUCACUCCAGAUAUCAGGAACCAUCAUGUUCAUCAAUUGAUUCAAGCAAUAUUCCCGAAUCCCGAUUCACAAUCUAUGGUUCAUAAAAGAAUACACAACUUGGUCGUCGCGUUCGUGAGGAAGGUGGAAAGUGACAUGUACUUUAAGGCUAACUCCCGGUCGGAAUAUUAUCAAUAUUAUCAUCUGCAGGUCGGGAAAAUCUACAAGUUUCAAAAGGAAGUUGGUACGUAGUUACAACGACAUCGAAAGAUUCAUUAAAGUCACAUUCUUGUAAUCAAUUCUCAAAUCUGUCAUUAUUAAUAUUACUU